CCCAUCCCCAAGUCCGUCUUCCAACUAGCGACAAGUCUGUUCCAACCGAAGAUCUCAGAUCUUGUUUGCUGUUCUCGACGACGGAUGAUAUACCGCUCAUCCGCCUCAAGAGCUCUCUUUGUUCGCAAAGCUGCUAUCUCUCAUCCUUCCCUGUCUCUCCAAAGCGCACGCACCUUGCAUCUGCACGGAAGUAAAGUUGUCGCAAACCAAGUUCUCCCAGCCCCGACAUAUUCCACGAAACCCACAACAACCAUGGGAGUUCGCAACAACGUACGGCCGUUCCCAGUCCAAGGUCUCCUCCCUAAAGACGAAACGCAAGCUGCGGCAUUCAUUAGAAACCACCCUGAGUAUGACGGACGUGGAACCGUAAUUGCUAUUUUGGAUACCGGCGUGGACCCAGGCUCUCCGGGAAUGCAAUUGACAUCCGACGGGCGCCCCAAAGUCAUAGACAUCAUCGACUGCACGGGUGCGGGUGAUGUACCAUGCUCAACCGUUUUAGAGGCGGCGUCAACCGACAUCGAUGGCGUGAGUGUGAAGACCCUGAAGGCCCUGUCAGGUCGAACACUCAAAAUCGGUGAUUGGAAAAACCCAACAGGCAAAUAUCGCCUAGGCAUAAAACGCUCUUCAGAUCUAUUUCCGAAGGAUCUCUGGGGCCGUCUGAACAAGGAGAGGAAGAAGAAGUUCGACCUCCGUCAUCACGAGGUCGCGACCAAGGUCCAUAGAGAGAUGGAAGAGUUGAGCACUGCUACCAAUGUGGAGGCCGAGGAGAAGGAUAAGAAAAAAGCCGAGCUGAAGACCAGACUGGAAGUUUUGACCGAACUGCACAAGCGCUAUGAAGACCCGGGAUGGAUCGUCGACUGCGUGGUCUUUCAUGAUGGAGAGAAGUGGCGGGCUGCACUCGAUAUUGGAGAAACCGGGGAUCUCAGACAAGCGACGUUGUUGACAAAUUACGCCGACGAAAGGCAAUUCGCUCGAUGGACUGAAGACUCGAUGCUGAACUACUCUGUCAAUAUUUACGAUGAAGGACACACCCUGUCCGUCGUGACGCUGUCUGGGACUCACGGCAAUCAUGUGGCAGCGAUCACAGCUGCAAAUUAUCCCGACGAUCCAGAAAUCAACGGCGUAGCGCCUGGGGCGCAGAUAAUAUCGUUAAAAAUUGGCGACCAGCGCUUAGGAAGCAUGGAAACCGGGACAGCUCUCGUUAGAGCCGCCAUUGAAUUGGCUCGCUUGAAGCCCGAUUUGGCAAACAUCUCAUACGGAGAAGCAUCGUCUGUCGCAAACACGGGGCGAUUCAUUGAGCUACUUCAGGACGAUGUGAUCAACAAAGCGGGAUGCAUCGUCGUGGCCGCGUCCGGGAACGCCGGACCCGCCCUGUCUACGUCCGGGACGCCCGGUUCGACUACUUCCGGCAUUGUCUGCGCUGGAGCAUACGUCACGAAGGGUAUGAUGGAGGCGGGCUAUGCUUUGCUGGACACAGUGGAUGAAAGACCAUUCACGUGGUCCUCCCGAGCCCCAACCACGGAUGGGGCUGUUGGGACGACCAUCUACAGCCCAGGGGCGGCUAUCACCUCGGUCCCUCAAUACACUACCGCUCGAUCGCAACUGAUGAACGGUUCUUCGAUGGCCAGUCCCAAUUGCUGCGGCUGUCUUGCCUUGUUGGUUGGAGGCUUGAAAGCGGAAGGAAUUCCAUACACGCCGUACCGGAUAACAGCGGCGAUUCAGAACGGCGGGAAGGACAUCAACGAUCCCUCAGGCGUCAAAUUCUUUCAAGUUGAGGACGCUUGGGAACACCUGACAACCACCGCACCGCAAUCUGCCGCUUUCGACGUUCACUACGACAUUUCGGUCAACGGGGGCCGCGGGAUUUAUCUCCGCGACGCGCACCAAACCACCGAGAUCGGAGUUUUUCAAACGGAUGUGAAAGUACGGUUUUUCGACGAGGAAAAGGAAGGGAUCAACCUCCGGAAGGGCGACUUUGAAGUUAGGCUCGCGCUCGUUCCGUCGAAGAAGUGGAUAAAUGCUCCCGAGCACGUUCUUAUGGCCAGCUCUGGCAGGUCAUUCGCUGUGGAGGUUGAUCCCACCGGGCUUGAUGCCGGACAUCACUUUGGUGAGGUCGUCGCGUACGACGUCAAGAACCCCAAAGCCGGACCACUCUUCAGAGUUCCCAUCACCGUUUGCAAGCCGAUCCAACCCAAUCUGCGCUCCGGCGAUUCGAUAGCUUACUACAAAUGGGACAAACUGCAAUUCUCACCUGGUGAAAUCAAGCGACAUUUCAUCAGCAUACCCCCCGGCGCAAAUUUCGCUGAGCUUGUAGUCCGCAGCGUCAAUCGUGACUCUUCAGCAAGAUUCAUUGCCCACCUGCUGCAACUCCAGCCACAGACCCGCUAUACCAAGCACGAGCACGAGUUCGCUUUCAUGCUGGGACGGGGCACAGACACCACUGAAGACUUGACUGAGCAUCGCAAGAUCUUCCCGAUUUUGCCCAACGCCACUCUGGAAGUGUGCCUGGCACAAUUCUGGUCCUCUUUGAAUACGUCCGAAGUGGAGGUUGAGAUCAAAUUGCAUGGAAUCAUCACGACGAUUUCCUCUCACAAUCAGGGCGCGAAUUCCGUUACGAGUGGGUCCGGUGGAGAUUUGACGGUCGUCAAUGCGGCUGGAGGCUUUGCGCGGCUGGACUUCUGGACGGGGUUGAGGAAGGAAGAAGUGCAUGCUGAUGUUUCUUUAGAUACUUUGCGCCGAUCACUUCGCCCCACUGAAUACACCAUCACCCCGCUCAAGUCUAGGGAUGUGCUGCCUAAUACGAGACAGCUUCAUCAGCUGGUGCUGACAUACAGCCUGAAAGUGACCGACGCUGGCACGGGGCUGAACAUCACCCCUAGAGCCCCACGCAUGAACGAGAUGUUAUAUGAUGCGUGGUUUGAAAGCUUUGUAUUGAUCGUGUACGACGCGAACAAGAAAGAACUGUCGUACCAAGAUAUUUACGCGAAACCUGUGAAAGUCACCGACGGCACAUACACAAUUCGUGUCCAACUCAUCUCUUCCUCAUUGGAAGAACUGGAGAAGCUGAACGCCAUGUGCCUAGUGGUCGACCAAGCUCUCAGCAAGAACAUCUCUCUCACUUCCUACUCGACGCUGAAAGCUACCGUCAAGGAGGACAAAUCGGGAGCAUUCAAGAAGAAAACAAUGCAUAAAGGCGACAGAGCCACUGCCUGGAUUUCUUUGGAGGGUAUCACGCCUCCAAAGGACGCUGCGAAGGGUGACCUGCUGAUCGGCAAACUGAACGUGACCGGCGGUGGAAGUAAGAUCGAUGGGAACGGUCUGUACGCUCUUGGUGUCAUCGUGCCGCCACCUGCUGAGAAGAACAAAAACGGGGACAAACCCAAGAAGGACGAGAGCGAGCUAGAUGAGACCAAAUUGAUCCAAGAGGCCGUUCGCGAUGUCGAGAUUUCUUUGAUCAAGAAACUUAAAACGGAUGCGGAACGAGCGAAAUUGGUCGCGAAGCUGGAGACCGAAUGGGGUGCGCAUUUGCCCUUCCUCGUCGCGCAUCUCGAGCAAGUGGGUGAAGUCGGGGAGAAGGAGGAGAGGGAAACGCAGCAAAAGGAACCCAAGGGGCACGUCGGCGACGAGAAGAUCAAAACCGUUGAAGCCGCGGCCGACAAGAUUCUCAAGCAAGUUGAUGAGAAGGAGGUCCGCGAGUUCUUCGGCGCCCGCCGUGACGCCUCGUCCGAGACACUCAGUGGCACCGAGUCUGACAAGACCAAGCUCGCUGAGAAGCAAAAGGAAAUGGACAAGCAGAAGGAGGCGCUUGCCCUCAGCUACGGGUGGAAAGCAUGGGUAGCGAAGCAACGCGUGUUGACCGAGCCUAGCAAUCAAUCCGUCGACGCAUUGGCUGGGGCACUCGAUUUGUUCGCGACAUGGAUUCCAGAGAAGGAAAAGCCAACGGACAACUCCCUGUACCUGCUGUCGUGGUGUGUGUUUGCGAAGCAGAAAGGGAGAUUGGGGGAGCUGGUGAAAGUCACGGACAAAUGGCUCAAGGAUCCCACAAAGGUGUUGGACCCGAGGUUCUCCGCGGUCGUGGCAGAGUACAACGCGGCGUUGAAGGAGCUGGGGUGGGCGUGUUGGAUUGAGUAUGAGGAGAAGCACGCCAUCAUCAGGAAGCCGCCGGGAGGGUUCUCUGCGUUCUAGCAACGAAAGCAGCGCGCUAAAUUGUGAAGGCGAAGGAAGGCAGAUGAAAGGCGGUAGAAAGGAAGCGUAGGAUAGCUGUGAGUGAGGAUGGAGUUUAUAUGUAUCUUGGGACCUCGCAUGUACUGUACGUACAUAAAUCGUCAAUAAGACCUUUAAGAGUGCGCAGAGAUUGGUAAAGCGUCGU